GCAUGCGCAGAGUGGCGUGGGCCAGUGUUGCUGUUUUGCGGUGGGAGGGCGAGCGGGUACCGCGACGAUCGAAGAAGCCUCGCUGCUGGUCGAUCCAUCCAUCAGGUGAUCAGUCCCUGACGGCUCCUCUGCUGGGGGUGACCAUGGAGGACUUGGCCCCGAGGCCAGAGGACAGAGCUCUGCCCUUGCAAGACACAGCUUUCUGCCAAGAGAGGAGCCUCAGGGAGCUCCCAGAGGAGGACAGACCGUCUGUGCUGCUGGCAGCCACUCUCCAGGUUUCCCCAGUGGUCCCAGGGAUGAAUAGUCCAUGGCUGCUCCGCAGUCCAGGCAUGUCCACCUUGCAGGAAUCUGUGACAUUCAAGGAUGUGUCUGUGGACUUCACCCAGGAGGAGUGGGCGCAGCUGGACCCUGCGCAGAAGGCCCUGUACCGGGAUGUGAUGCUGGAGAACUAUGAGAACCUCGUCUUCCUGGGGCUUCCCGUGACUAAACCUGAGGUCAUCUCCCAGCUGGAGAGAGGGGAAGUACCUUUGUUUCCGGAGCAGCCAGAGUUCUCCACCAUUGGAGUGGGUUGCCCAGAUUCCCUUAAUCAGGAGAUUAAAUGUGAAACCUUGGACUCAGUUCCACAGCCCAUCAUUUGUAUGGGAACAUCUGACGAGAAACUCACAAGAGAUGGUUUCUGGGAUUCUACAAUGGGAGAAGAUUGGGCAUAUGACGUCAUGUUAGAGAGACAGAAAGCCAACCAAGAGAAUCAAUAUAGUCAACUAGAAACUGUUAAUGUGAAAAAUUUUGAUGAGAUGAAUAUCCAUGGAAGUAAUACAUUUGGGAGAGAUUUUGAUCUGGGGUCAAUCUUUGUUCCACAACAGAGGGUUCCUUCAGGACAAAAUCUUUUUAAAUAUGAUCCACUUGGAAACAGCUUUGAUCAGUUUUCAGACCUUAUUUUAUAUAAUGGAAUGUCCUUAGAGAAUAAACAUUGUAAGUACAAUAAAUGGAAGAAACCCUUUGAUUACCACCCAGAUCUUUUUCCAUUCCACCCUGUAAAUCCUGGAAACAAACCCUAUGAAUAUAAUGAAUAUGGGAAGACCUUCAACCCAGGGACAUCCCUUAUUUAUCAUCAGAUAAUGAAUACUGGGGAAGAACCUUUUCAAUAUAAUGGAUGUGGGGAAGGUUUUAGUCAGAGAAGCUAUUUUAGCGAACACAAAAGAAUUCAUGCUGGAGAGAAGCUCUUUCACUGUAAUGAAUGUGGGAAGUCCUUCAAUCACAAGGGGAACUUUACUAAACACCAGAGAAUUCAUACAGGAGAGAAACCCUUUCAGUGUAAUGAAUGUGGGAAAGCUUUCAGCCGAAGGGGAAAUCUUACUGUACAUCAAAAAAUUCAUUCUGGAGAGAAACCCUUUCAGUGUAAUGAAUGUGGGAAAGCCUUCAUCCGGAGGGGCAGCCUGAUUGAACAUCAGAGAAUUCAUGCUGGAGAUAAACCUUUCCAUUGUCGUCAGUGUGGAAAGACCUUCAGCCAAAGGGGAAGCCUUACUGAACAUCAGAGGAGUCAUACUGGAGAAAAACCUUUUAAAUGCACUGAAUGUGAGAAAAGUUUCUGCCAAAGGACAUCCCUUUUUUAUCAUCAGAGGGUUCAUACUGGUGAGAAACCCUUUUCAUGUAAAGAAUGUGGAAAAGUCUUCAGCCGCAGUGGAAGCCUCUCUAAACAUCAGAGGAUUCAUACUGGUGAGAAACCUUUUGAAUGUAAUGAAUGUGGGAAAUCCUUUAGCCAAAGGGGAAACCUUGCUAAACAUCAGAGAAUUCAUGGUGGAGGGAAACCUUUUGAAUGCAAUGAAUGUGGAAAAAGCUUCACCAACACCUCAUGUCUUGCUAUACAUCAGAGAACUCAUACUGAAGAAAAGCCCUUUAAAUGCAAUGACUGUGGAAAAGCCUUUAGUUGGAGGGUACGCCUUAUUGUGCAUCAGAGAAUUCAUACUGGAGAAAAACCCUUUGGCUGUAAUGAAUGUGGGAAAGUCUUCAGUCAGAGGGGCCACCUUAAUGCACAUAAAAGAAUUCAUACUGGAGAGAAACCCUUUGUGUGUAAUGAAUGUGGGAGAGCUUUCAGCCAAAGGAUAUGCCUUACUGAACAUCGAAGAAUUCAUGCUGGAGAGAAGCCCCUUGAAUGUACUGAAUGUGGGAAAAACUUCAGCCACAGAACAUCCCUUUUUUAUCAUCAGAGAAUUCACACUGGAGAGAAACCCUUUGAGUGUAAUGAAUGUGGGAGGACUUUCAGCCAGAGUGGGAACCUUACUGAACAUCAGAGAAUUCAUGCAGGAGAGAAACUCUUUGAGUGUAAUGAAUGUGGAAAAGCCUUCAGCAACAAUUCACGCCUUGCUUUACAUCAGAGAAGCCAUAACGGGGAGAAAUUUUUUCAGUGUAAUCAAUGUGGCAAAGUCUUUGGUCAGAGGGCACAUCUUAAUGCACAUAGAAGGAUUCAUACUGGAGAGAAACCCUUUGAGUGCAGUGAAUGUGGGAAAGCCUUUAGCUGGAGGGUAAGCCUUACUGUGCAUCAAAAAAUUCAUACUGGAGAGAAACCUUUUGAGUGUAGUGAAUGUGGAAAGGUCUUUAGCCAGAGAGGACACCUUAACACACAUAAGAGAAUUCAUACUGGAGAGAAACCCUUUGAAUGUAAUGAAUGUGGGAAAGCCUUCAGCCAGAGAGGACACCUUACUGAACACCAGAGGAUUCAUGCUGGAGAGAAACCACUUGAAUGUAAUCAGUGUGGGAAAAACUUCAGCCAUAGGACAUCCCUUUUCUAUCAUCAGCGAAUUCAUACAGGUGAGAAACUUUUUGGAUGUAAUGAAUGUGGGAAGGUUUUCAGCCAGAGUGGAAGCCUUACAAAACAUCAAAGAAUUCACACCGGAGAGAAACCCUUUAAAUGUGAUGAAUGCGGGAAAUCCUUCAGCCAGAGAGGAAACCUUACGAAACACCAGAGAAUUCAUGCUGGAGAGAAACCCUUUGAAUGCAGUGAAUGUGGGAGAGCCUUCAGCCAGAAGGUUCACCUCACUGAACAUCAGAGAACUCAUGCUGGUGAGAAACCCUUCGAAUGUAAUGAAUGUGGGAAAAAUUUCAGCCACAGGUCAUCUCUUUUUCAUCAUCAGAGACUUCAUACUGGUGAGAAACCCUUUGGAUGUAAUGAAUGUGGGAAACUUUUCAGCCGUUAUGGAAGUCUUAGGAAACAUCAGAAAAUCCACAUUGGAGAAAAACCCUUUGGGUGUGAUGAAUACGGGAAACCAUUCAGCCAGAUCAGACCCCUGAAUGAACAAGAGAUAAUCCAUGCUGGUGAGAAACUAAUAGAUGCCAUGAAUGCAGGAACUCCUGCAGCACUAGCCGAUUCCUUAGGAAGUGUCAGAUAAGUGAUACUUCGUCAGUGUGGGUACUGCCUGUGCUAGUGCAGACAACUCUCAUGUGACUUAGAAGUUCUUUUACAGUUGCUUUAGCUGGGCAAGUUUAUUCUGUAGCCAGUCUGGCUAUGAGCCUCUUCAAACUUCCCUUGUCACCUCUCCACCAUGGUGUUUGACUUGGCAGCUUUCAUUCCUUUGAUUACCCAGGGUUGCCUCUGUGCCACAAUGAAGAGUAUGAUUUGAUUGGAGUAAUGAUAAUUGACUGUUUAUAUCCUUUGACAAUUUAUCUCUUGGAGGAUAUUGUGAAUUUGCCAAUACCCUAUAGAUUCUAGAUGUCAGACAUAUCAAAGCUAUCUAAAUAUAAAAGGGCACAUUACAAAAAUAACUGGAAGUGCUCAUCAUAAAUAAGGUGGAGGAGAAUUCAUUACCAAAUAAGGGAUAGAGAAGAUUACAGAAGACAAACUAAGUAAUUUUCAACUGUUUAAAAUACUUUCAUAAUAACAAAGUCACUGCAGCUGGAAUAAGGUAAGAAGCUUUUGGUUUAGGAAAGCAUAUUUGCAUCAGACAUCUCAUACAUUCAAAAUAUGAGGAAUUAACAAAAAUUGUCACAAGUCUGUUCCCUAGUGCAUAAGUGGUCAAAGGAGUUUCAAAAUGCAAACUCAACAACUGCACAAAAAUAUUCUGAUUUAUUAACAAUGAGAAAGGCAAAUUAAAACAGCAGUGAGGGAUCACGUCUGUCAAGUUAGUGAAGAUGGUAAAAGAUGGCAAUAGUCUGUGUUGGAGGAGGUCUGGAAAGAUAAGCAACCUCAUAUUAAAUUACAGUUUGGAAUCAUAUGAGAAGAGUUACAGAGCUGUUCACCCCCUUUGGUCCAGUUAUUCCACCACUGAUUUUAUACCCCCAAGGAAGCCAUUGAAAGAAGGUCCAAUAUGCACCAAAAUUCAUUACAGCAGGAUUUUAAAUCUACAUUUUAUCAAUACCUUUUGUAUGCACGUCACAUUUUCUACACAUCCCUAAAUGAACCCUAUCUUUUGACAAAAACAAUGACAUAGAAAUGGUGAUGCUAAGACCUUAUCUGAUUAACUGUACAAUAUUCUCUCCUGAAGUUAUGUACUAUUAUUUGGACUCUGGGACCUUAAUUCUUUAAAAUAUUUUAUUGAUUUAUUUUUGUAUCAUACAUUUUUUUUUGUCACCCACUACUUCCAGAUUCAGCCAUCUCUUAUAACAAAACAAUUAAUAGGAAAAUUAUAGGCACCAUGUGUGAAAAUGUAAACGUCACUUUAUAUUAGUAUUCCCCCAUCUCUCUGCCAUGAGGGGAGGGGAUUUUGUUUCAUUAUGUCCCAUGACCUUCCUUGGUUUUCCGUUAUUCAUUUUGACUAGCUUUUAGUCACGUUUUCAGUUGUUGUCAUCAUGUAUAUUCUCUUGAUUCUGCUUACUUCACUCUGCCUCAUAUGCAUCAUUUUUCACUGCCCAGGAAUGAUUCAUUACAUUUACCUUCUAUAGUUUGUUGCACCUCCUCCAGUCAAGAGGCAUCUACUUUGUUUCAAGUGUUUUGCUGCCAUAAAAAGUGCUGCUAUGGAUAUAUUUUUUAUAAAUUGGACCUUUGUCUCUGUCUUUGACUUCCUUGGGCUAUGUACCCAGUAUGUGCUACCUGGGUCAAAAGUAUAGACAGUUGAGACACUUUUAUGAUUUCAGAUUGAAACCCACAAUGUUUGGAAAUACCUCAAGGUGCCUAUCUUCGCAUAUUCUCUCCACCUCUGUGCCCAUCUUUUCUGUCUUCACCAAUUUGCAUAGUGUAAGGUGAGACUGAAGAGCUGUGUUAAUUUUAAUUUCUUGUGCUAUUAGUGAUUUAAAAUGUAUUUCCAUGUCGUCAUUUGAAGUUUGCAGUUGACCACUCAUCCAGUACCAUAAAACUGGAAAUACCCAUAAAUUGAGAGGGUGACUGAGCAAAUUGUGGCAUACAGAUGUAUUCAAACCAGUAUUCAAUAUUCAGAGAAACUGUCAGGCUUGUAUACAAAACAAAGGGGAACAUGUGAAGUGACGGAGGCAACUGAGUCCAGAGCAAGCGCAGUGACCAGUAUUGGUCCCUGAGACUCUGAGUAAAACGUGUUCCUCCUCCCUGUUGGAUGUACUGUCCUUUGCAAUCACCAUAUUCAGUGUUUUUACUAAAGGGGAAAUCGACAGGGUGGGGACGGGAAGGGGUAUUCACUGGGAGGGCGUGGCAUAUAGGCAAGUGAUUAUGUCCAAAAAUAUCCACAGAAACUUACAUCAUCAUUCUUUAAAACAGAAUGACCUUAGACCAACUUGGUAUAUCCCACAUCCAAGACUUUCUCCUGGAUGUUAAUGGCAGGGAUGUAAUAAUGUGGGGGAAGUUCACGGAAUAGCCAUUUGUCAACUCUUGGAGAUUCAAGAUGGCAGAAUCUCUCACCAUUCCCAGGGUUGCUGGGUGAUUGGAGAGACUAGCCUGUAUCUUGUCGUUCCAUUAGCUGCCCUCAGGUGGCAGUGGAGUUGUGUAAGUCAGUGCAGCUGGUGCGCUGUUGCACCAUCUGAAUUAAAUAGUGCCUCAACUACACGAUUCCUUUAAACCACUGACAUGUAUAUAUGUAUGUAUUAUGGGGGGCGGGGGUGUAUAUAAAUUAUAUACAUGCAUGCAUGUAUAGAUGUGUAUGUUGGGGGAGACCCUCAAGGUCUGCUUAUCUUCUGUUCCUUGCCCACCAAGGAAUCCCCAUUAUAACCUAAAGAAGUUUGAAAAGAAUCAAACCUUUGUUUGAAGCGCUCCAGUGAGGGCAAAACCCAGUGGAAGUGUGGGUGGUAACUACAGAAGAAUCUCUGGACCCAGACUGAAUCGCAGAGCGCAGCCCUGCCACUUAGUACCUGUGUGGCCGUAGGCAAGUCACUUUACCUCAGAAGGGCUUGGACUCCCUAGAGGACUAACCAUAACGUGCCCAUCCAGCCCUAUGCCUAUGAUCGAUCACUCAUGGCAGCACUUUCCAUUUGGGGAGGGAGCUCUAAUUAUUAGUAAGUUUUUACUUCUGUCAAACCUAAAUUUACCUCUGCAACAUCCACUCAUUGCUCCUGUUUCUGCCCUUUGGGCCAUCAAGAAGAUUUGUACUUCCUCUUCCACAUGACAGCCUUUCAGAUACUUGAAGACAGUUAUCAUGUUCCCCCAAGUCUUCUCUAGGCUAACAAUGCCCCAAUCCUUCAGCCAGUGCUCAUUGCAUGACUAGAGGCACUUUGACAUUAUUCUCUUUGCCCUCCUAAGGACAAGUUCUAGCUUAUCGCGGUUCUUCCUCAGUUGUGGCCUCAGAACUGAACACAUGCUCCAGCUGUGGUCUGACCACAGGAGCCUGCAGUGGGCCCUUCUCACUCUUGGAAGCCAUACCUCUUUUAGGGCAGGCAGCCUGAAAUCCCACUUGGUUUCAUGGCUACUGAAUCACAUUUGACUCAUAUUGAGCUUGUAGUCCACUAGAACCGCCAGGUCUUUUUCAGACAAAAUACUGUCUGUUUAAUCAUGCCUUUCCCCAUUGUGUAUUUGUGAAGUUGUUUUCUUGAACCCAAGAGUAAGAUUAUUCAUUUAUUCCUAUUCAAUUUCAUAUUAUUAGGGUCAGCCUUAUUUUCUUUAUGUAAUUCUAAGCUUAGUAAUCAUCCCAAAAAAUUCCAGAUGCACAAAAAAACCCUAUUUAGUAAAACUACUGAAAUGUUCAAUGUAUGUGUGUAUGUAUUGUGUAUGUGUGUGUAUGUACAUAUAUAUAAGCUAAUAACAGCUAACAUUUCUAUAGUGUUAUAUGCAUAACUAGUUAUAUGGGACUUCACCUCUUUUUCUUUUAUUUUCCAUUUUUCUAAACUUAGUAGUAAUCCACAAAAAAAGCAUUCAAAUGUACAAGCAAAAAUAAAAGAUAUAUGAAGCUGUAAUACUGAGUUUGUUGAAUUUGAAAAAAAAAAUAAAUAAAAUUUCAGAAGAUGAUAA